CCGGUUUCGUCAUCAUAUCAGACGAUCUCCGUGAGCUUGGUGGUUCAAUCAUCCAUCUAACCAUAACCCACAGCAAAAUUGAGCUCGAUGGCCGGUGGUUCCGAUGUGGUCGAGACCACUUCUCUCUCCUGCGCUCGAUGUGGAAACCCUGCGCACCUUCAGUGUCCCAAGUGCAUGGAAUUAAAGCUUCCUCGCGAAGGCGCUGCUUUCUGUUUGAAAGCAAGCUUGGAGCCUUCUGUUUGACCGGAAAAUCUGAUUUCUUGAAGUGGGUGUGUAUGGAUAUUUUCCUGCAAAAAUUCACUCAGGAUUGUUUCAAGGCUUCUUGGAGCUCUCAUAAAUCAGUGCAUUUGAAGGCAAAGCUGUCCUCACUUGGGACAGGUCCUCCGCUUGAACAAAAUUCCGGCUUACUUGAUGAAGGUUGGCUAUAUUGCUUGAAGAAAGGACAGGCUCGAACUCCAAAACUUCCCCAUUUUGAUUGGACGGGGACACUGAGGCCAUAUCCUAUAUCUACUAGACGUGCUGUACCUGCACCUAUUGAGCAACCUGACUGGGCAGUUGACGGUAUCCCAAAAAUUGAGCCAAAUAGUGAUCUGCAGCAUGUUGUAGAGAUCAAAACUCCGGAUCAAAUCGUGAGAAUGAGAGAAACUUGUCGAAUUGCAAGGGAAGUUUUGGAUGCAGCUGCUCGUGUAAUUCGUCCCGGUGUGACAACUGAUGAGAUUGAUCGAGUGGUUCAUGAUGCAACUAUUGCAGCUGGAGGAUAUCCAUCUCCUCUCAAUUAUCAUUUCUUCCCAAAGUCUUGCUGCACGUCAAUUAAUGAAGUAAUUUGCCAUGGAAUUCCAGAUGCCAGGAAAUUAGAGGAUGGUGAUAUUGUCAACGUGGAUGUGACUGUGUACUAUAAAGGUGUUCAUGGUGAUCUCAAUGAAACAUUCUUUGUGGGGAGCGUUGAUGAAGAGUCUCAACGGUUGGUCCAAUGCACUUAUGAGUGCUUGGAGAAAGCAAUAUCCAUCGUGAAACCUGGAGUGCGAUUUCGGGAAAUUGGGGAAGUCAUUAAUCGUCAUGCUACAAUGUCUGGGUUCUCCGUGGUAAAAUCUUAUUGCGGUCAUGGUAUUGGAGAGCUCUUUCACUGCGCACCAAAUAUUCCUCAUUAUGGAAGAAAUAAAGCAGUUGGUGUGAUGAAGGCAGGACAGACCUUUACAAUCGAACCAAUGAUCAAUGCUGGUGUUUGGCGUGAUCGGAUGUGGCCUGAUGGAUGGACUGCCGUCACUGCUGAUGGCAAGUGCAGUGCUCAGUUUGAACACACUCUUUUGGUGACGGAGACCGGAGUUGAGGUUCUUACAGCGCGGUUGCCUUCCUCCCCAAAUGUGUUUCCUUGGCUAAGUGCUUAAGCGUUGGCAGGUGUCUAUAUGGUAAACCUGGAUGGUGGAUGCAAGAGAGUGAUCUACCAAUACCGUACCAUCAGUAAACCGCAGUAAAUCAUCGAGUGAGGAAUUACUACGAUUUCCUUUUGCUGGAUGCGGAAUGUUGUUUGUAACUUGAUAAAUAACCAUCAAUUAAUAUAAAACUUCCCAAUUGUGAUUUGGUGUUUCACAGUUGCUUUGUGCACUAUCUUGUCCUUUUUCUAGUUGCUACUGGUGCUAGUUUUGGCCCAUCGGAUGCACCAAGCAUGCUAUUUUGUUUUUUUGUGGUAACUAUGUAAUAAAAUGCAGGCUUUGAUCUUAAUUUGAAAUCAGAGCUUGAAAUUUCAAUCGUAUGAA